UGGGGGUAGAGGAGCGAGAGGGAAAAACGGACGUUGUGUGCGCUCGCUUGUCUCGCGCCGAGAAAUUUGGGGCGGAGUCAGAGGGUGGAUUGGGCGCGUGCGCACUCCGUCGCUGUUUUGGCGGGCGUUGCGCAGGAGCGGCCGCGGCGGCUGAGCGGUGUUACCAACCAGGGAGGGGGAAGUUGGUUUCGCGCCGAGGCGUUACGUUCCUCCCGCCCCCCCCCCCACUCUCUUUCUUUAUAUUCUCUCAGGAAUUGGGUAGCCUUGGUGCAUUAGGUGCAACUUCUGCGCUAUGGGAAAGAGAAACAAGAGGACAGCAGAUAGUUCGUCCUCUGAAGAUGAGGAGGAAUAUGUUGUGGAGAAGGUUCUAGACAGGCGUGUUGUGAAGGGUCAAGUGGAGUAUCUUCUCAAGUGGAAAGGAUUCUCUGAGGAGCACAAUACUUGGGAACCUGAGAAGAACCUUGACUGCCCUGAACUGAUUUCUGAGUUUAUGAAAAAAUAUAAAAAAAUGAAGGAAGGUGAAAGCAAGCCACGGGAGAAAUCAGAGGGUGCCAAGAGGAAGUCCAGUCUUGCCAACAAUACUGAGGACAUCAAAGCCAAAAAAAAGAGAGAGAGCACCGAUAUUGCCAGGGGCUUUGAAAGAGGACUGGAGCCGGAAAAAAUCAUUGGAGCCACAGACUCCUGUGGAGAUUUGAUGUUCCUCAUGAAAUGGAAAGACACAGAUGAGGCUGACCUGGUUCUAGCGAAAGAAGCCAAUGUGAAGUGUCCUCAAAUUGUGAUAGCAUUUUAUGAAGAGAGACUGACCUGGCAUGCAUAUCCAGAAGAUGCUGAAAACAAAGAGCGGGAAGCAGUGAAAAGCUAAACUGGCGGGGGUCCCCCAUCUGUCCGUAUAGUUGUACAUAUCUUCCCCCUUUCCCCUCUGCCCAAAUCCAUCCAUAAAAAGUGUGCUUAUUACUGUGCUCAACAGGAGAAAUGUUGAUAUUGGUUGGUUUAGUCCUACAUAAAUAGUGGGAGUUGCGUUCUGGUUCACUUUAAGAAAUUGACAUGCUGUGUGUGUUCUUCCUUCUCCUUGUCCCAUAAUCCCCCCAAAAUUAGUUCUCACUUUGAAAUCCCUCUCAGAACCUCCAGAGCUUUUCUCCUCCCCUGCCUGGCAGUUUGGUUUGGCCCCUUCACUUCAUCAAUUUGCAUGUGGAGAGAUGUUGUCUCCCAUUGCUCUGGAGGGUUGUAGUAAAAGAGUCAGGAAGCUGCCUGCAUUUGGGGAAGAUUCAUUUAGUUUGACAUAUGUUUUGGAUUCUGAGAUUUCUCAAAAGCCAGAACAAUGUGUGGGCUAUUUCUAGUUGUUUUCAGAUCUGCUGAUCUUAAUUGGGCAUUGAGUUCCAGGAUGUUGAAUAACAGUUCUCAUCCUGGUUCCCACUGCCCUCCUCACUUGCAUGAACCCCAGCUGUUCCCCUUCAACACUCUUUAUUUUCUGUAGUUUCAAGUCAAAAACAGGUAAAUCAGAGGAGGAAGCCAGCAGAUACUAAGUAGCUGGUCAGGACAGCCCCCACUCCCUUCAACCUGUCAGAUCUAGUAAUCUUCCAUGCUCUCCUCUUUGUGUUUCUUGAUUUGCAUUACCCAUGCACUGCUUGAUGUGCAGCCCAGCCAGAUCUUAUGCCCUACUUGAGAUAUUUCUCUGCCACUGCCUGUUCCAAAAAAGGCCAAACAUUGUUAUUCCAAAAUUAGGAUGAAUCCCUGAGGUGCUUCUUUACCAUACUGGUGUACACAUAGCUGAUCUCAUCUGAUUUCAGAAACUAAGCAGGAUGAGACCUGAUUAGUAGUUAGAGCAGAGAUCUCCAGCUAAGGCUAGGAAGGAGUCUUGGCUGAAACCCUGGAAGGUCACUGCUGCCAGUCAGUAUUGAAAGUACUGGCCUAAUUGGACCAAUGGUCUGAGCUGAUGUAAACCAACUUCCUAUAUUCUUCAGCCUAGUAAUCUUUUUUCAGAAGAGCUCUUUUGUUCUGGGAUCUGGGCCUACACAUCCUUCCAUGAGAAGCAAUUUAUCAGAGGUACAUCUUAAAGGAAAAUAACUUUGUGUGCACCCUUUAACUAGCAGGGACCCCCGGUCAUGCCUUAUCACAUAGCACACCAAUCUAGAUGCAUCUCAAGUGCAAGAAUGGUUCCAGAUUGGUCUUGGUGUUCUUUGUAAUUGGUGCCUAGACCAGUUGUUUUCACCAACAGCAGUGUGGCAGGCAGACAAUUCCAUGUUUAAGGUAUUUGGGGGCUGUUGAUAAUGUCAUUCCAGCAGUUGUUUUCCUCUUGUUCCUGAUGAUGAGGGGCUGGAGGACCAAAUCACAGAAAAACAAGUAGAGUAGAAUUUCCCUUGUUAGUGUUCCCUUUUUCCAGUGCCCAUGCAUGUUUUUCUCCACAUGGAAUGUCUGUAUUGUGUAGUUUAGUCGAGAUUUCAAGGCUUUUCCCCCCAUCUUCACUCUCCCUCACUCCACAUAAAUUUUGCUGCUACUUUUGACAGUAAAAGGCAAAACUGACAGUAUUAACAUUGAUCAACACUAGCCUCUCGCCUGCUCAGUUUUUGGAUCCCAAUUAAGGGCCAUACAUGCUUGAUGGGAGCUUGCAAUUUGAAGUAGGCUAAACAUCAUAUACUCUGUAGAAUUGUAGUGUAGAUCCUCUUUCAAGCUCUAGCUUUUAUUUAGCUCUUUUACCAAUGCCUCAUUACUUCCUGUUCUCUUUGACAGUUACUUUUUUGAGUGAGAAGACAGUCAGAGCUGUUUUCUGCUAAUGUUAGAUAGCAAAACCCCUGUUUGGUACCUCUGCUUGCUUGCUUUUCACUUUUUUGAAUAUUUAUGUUCUCUUCUUCCCUACAGUAGACAACAGAAGUGUUACAUCCAUCCAUCUUUUCUAUGCCCUUUCUAUUGCCUCAGCCUUGUCACUUUUAUCAGGAAUUGCUACUUGUUUGUAGUUUCGAUGUAGCAACCUGAGUUGAAUUUGUGCUGCCGCUAGUGACUCUUAUGCCAUCAGUAAACUUUCUUACCUCCAGGACAAUUGUCAGGCAUAAAAGCCUGCUGUGUGGCUAAAUGUACAGCUAUAUUUAGAAAAAUUUUGAAGCCAUGGGGAGAAAAAACAAGUUUUUUUUUUUCAGAAAAGAAAAUGAAAUUUUCAGAACAAAUGGAAAUAAUAUUGAUAAGAGUAUCUUUUAUGUGUUGAAAAUCCAUGGAUCAGAUAUGGAUCCUGCAAUUGGAAAUAUGUUUCCCAUUGUACAGUUCUGCAGCAGAAACUCUAAAUAAUACUGAAAUUUCUCCAUCCUGCAUUUCUAGCAACAACUGUUACCUUGGCUGUUAAGUGCGUUGAACAGGCCAGGAACAAGUUAAAACAAGUUAAAUUCUGGAGCAUGUAGACUGUGUAAGAGAAAUCUCCUUUAAUAUCCUUGUUGAGGAACCAAGUCUGAGACCCUUUCUUAUGAUAAGCACACCAGCUUGAUUAGGUCAGACAGUGCUUCUUGCUCUUGUUUUGGUAAAUCACUAAGGAGAGUGCAUAGCUGAGCAUGGGAUGAACAUCUUUUAAUUUCUUCUUUUCUAUUACAUGCUUAUAUGCAAGUGGAUGCACACACAAACAACACAGCACGAACAUUAUCUUUUUUUGCAAGCUGCUGGUGUUCCUAUCUAGAACUAAAAAAAACUCUGGCAAUUGGAAGCACUUCUGUAUCAUUUUGAAAAGCAAGCAAACCACGAACCUGUUAGGAAAUUGAUAAGCGUUUGAUACUGUUAUUGUUCAUCAUUUUAAAUACAUCCCCCUCCCAUAAGACUCAUUGACAAUUUUAUUCUUAUGCAAGUAUUUGUGCUAUGAUUUCUCAGAGAUGUGCAUGCAUGUGUUCUUAAAAGAUCUGCUCACAUAUGCAGCCCAGUUUCCCUUUGUGAGUGUAUGCACGUGACAGGUGUUUUCCCAGGUAGGGAGAAUAGUUAGCGAUAAUUAGCAUGUCUUCCCCCUCUCCUUUAUUUUUUUGGGGAUGUGCCAUUAGUCAGAUAUAGUACACAGAACCUUCUCAGUUGGACACAUUAGACACGAGCUUGGAGGUGUUUAAAGCACCUUGUCAAGUUAUAUGCACCAACAAAAUGAGUCAGCUGGACACAUGGAAGGGCUGCUUAACCUGCUGUAGUAGAGAAACAGGAAAUCUCUCUCAGCCUUCUCAAGGGAGGGAAAUGUAAGGAACAAAAUCUACAAAGUUUCACAAUGUGAACCACUGCUGUGCUUCAGCCCUGUUCAAAAGAGCUCUUUUUCUAGAAGUUUUUAAAAAUAAAAUUCAAAAAGCAUAGCCAAAUUCCUAUGUGCCAGAAAAAAGGAAGUCUUUUCCUGCUUUUCAGUUUCCUCCCUUCUGCUGAAAAUCCUGUAACGUGUGUGUGUUUCUUAGUGCAGUAGAAUUAGCCAGCUGAUUCAAAACAUCCAGGAUUUCUAGCCAGACAUGCUGCAUUUAGGUGGAUUCUGAACUGAUCCCACCUCCUCACUCUUUGGCUCCUGGUCUCAAAUGUUUCAAUGGCAAAACAAAGCAUUUUGAUGUUAGCUUUUUGGUGUUAUCUUACAUUUGGAAGUUGUGGGGAUGGGAUAUAUGUGUGUGUGAUAGGUGGGGAGGUUUGAACUUCAAAUCUGGGCUUUCACAAAAGAUUUGUAACUGUUGUGUUCAUGUAUUUUAUUUUAUUUUUUAGUUUAAUCUUUUUUUGUCUUUAUGGGGGAGCAUUGAGUACUUCCCUUUCUGAGUUCAUUAUCGUUUAACUUCUUGGAGAGACAUUCAAUUUGCAGAUUCAGUCUUUGCCACAUCCCAUUCUUAGCAUGCUGUCAAAAAUGAAUUGUUACCCUGAGUUGCCUAGGAGAAUGAAAUAAAAUAGAGAGCAAGAGAAUUAAUUUUGUUUUAAUUAAACUCAUUAAUUUUUUGAUUGAUGGUCUAAUUUUUACCUGGGUUGGCCUCUAAAUCUUUUCUUGUUAUACUGGCUGUAAUGAUACUCUGUCUCCUCCCAUUAGUGGGGACAGUAGAAAAGGCAGAAGGAGAAAAGAAAGAGAGAAAAAACUCUAUUCAGCAUGAGUUAGAUUUUCUCUGAUUACUUAUGUCGCAGCUGCCUUUUAAUUGCAAGGUGACCCAAUUCAUUUAGUUUUAUCUGGAACUUUAGCCAAAGUUGUUGGGUCUGCCCAUCCCCACAGCAAAAUGCUGUGUUUUGGCUAUCAUGAUUCCUGCUCUCUGGUUUGAAAUUUAGAAGGCCACCUUAAUUCCUAAAUCGGAGAACUUUAAAAAUGCCAUUUGUAGAGUCUGGUUUCCAAGAGACAAAAAGGCACAAUUCAUUGGGAAUUUCAUCUCUGCCAGCUGUUUAGUAAUAAAUUUGAGCUGAACAAGAGAGAAAUCUGGGUGGAUAACCUACUGUAUCCCUUUGGAGGCAAAUGCCCAGAUUUGUUUUCUUCUUGAGAGCUAAAUUCUUUGUGGCUUAUGAUUUAAUUUUAAUUCCACCCACCACCCUUACUGGUUGGAUCCAAUCAUAUAUUUAGUAGACAAAAUGGUCUGUACUGGGUGCUUUUAUCAAUUUGGUGUCCAUCUAGCUGUUCUGGAUGCAGCCCCCCACCCCACCCCAAGCAUGGCCACUGAUUAGGAAUGAUGGGUUUGAAGUUGGAGAAACAUGGAUCAUAACAAACUGAAGCCACAGUUUACCAUGCUCCGAACAUUAUAAAAGUAAAAGUUCAAAGGACCUGUGAAUACUUGGCUAGAUUCAGACGGAAAAACAAGCACAACUAUAUACAGUGUAAUAGUGUGAAAGGCUCAUGGAAGUUUGCUGCUAAGACAGUAGUGCUGGGCAAAGAAAUGAAACUAUAAUUGAAUAUUACAUGUAUUUGUUACGGUUACAUUUUACUUCCAAUGACCUGAAGGCAGCAUAUGCUUUCCUCCUCCCCACUCUUAUCCUGACAAGAUUGUGGGGACAGUUAGUCUCUCUCAACCUUACCUAUCCGCACAAAGCUGUGUAAGGUAAGUCAGGCUGAGAGAGUGACUGGGUCCCAGCUUACUCCAUGAAUUCUAUGGCUCAAUUGGGACUAGAACCUGAAUUUCUUAGGUCCCAGUCUUAAUGCUCUUACUGGCAAGAAGCCUCUUCUGGGGGAUGGGUGAGGCAUGGAAGUGUCAACUCCCUACCAAUGUUAGCAACAUGCUGCCAUCCACAACAGAUUGUUGAAGAGUGUGUGCUUGUGUGUGUGUCAGCCCUCCUUUUUGGUGACAUUUUAGCCAAUCCCUUUAAUUCUGAGCUAAUGUAUGUUACGCUGGUUUUUAAAGUGUUAAAAUAAUUUUUAAACAAGGAGUUAUUUGUUGUACAAUUUGACAUGUUACAAAAACAACCCCCUCUCUUCUGCCCUGUAUCCCUUAUCCCCUCUCUUUCAUACUUCUUGUAUUGGUUCUAAUAAAUGUUUACUUUUCAA